UCUUGGGUGCAGAGCCCAACAGGGGCCUCAGUCCCACGACCCUGAGAUCGUGACCUGAGCCAAAACCAGGAGUGGGUGGCUUAAUGGGUGGAGCUGCCCAGGCCCCCCACUGAGAGUUCAAAAGCUACACUGCUCCUGCAAAAUUGAAAAUGCUUGUAAUGUCUGAGCAAUUUUGAGAGGAUUGAUUUAAGUGGACAGGAUGACUGUCUGGCUGAUCUCUCUGAUGAGUAUGGAAAUACUACUUCUGGCAGUGCCUUCCUGGAGUUUCCGCAUUGAACCUGAAGAAGGUAGUCUUGCAGGGGGAACGUGGAUCACAGUCAUUUUUGAUGGUUUGGAGUCGGAGUUCCUUUAUCCUGACAAUGGCGCUCAGCUGGAGAUACACCUGGUGAAUGUGGCUGAGCCCGCCCUGCCCAGCAUCCCUUGUGAUGUCUCUCCCGUCUUCUUGGAUUUGCAGGUGGUCAUGUGCAGGACCAGAUCUCUGCUGUCUGAAGCACACGAGGGUCUGUACUACCUGGAGGUGCAUUCUGGGGGACAGGUGGUGGGCAGCCCCAGUCAAGGACCACGAGACAACUGUACGUUCAAGUUUUCCAGGGCACAGACACCCAUUGUUUACCAAGUGACACCACCAAGUGGAGCUCCAGGAAAACUAAUACACGUGUAUGGAUGGAUUAUCACUGGAAGAUCAGAAACCUUUGAUUUUGAAGCUGAGUACAUUGAGAGCCCAUUGAUCUUGGAAGCUCAAGGAGACAAAUGGGUCACAGCCUGCUCUCUUGUAAACAGGCAGACAGGAAGCCGCUAUCCUCUUCAGGAAGACCAUGGUCUUGGGACUCUGCAGUGCCGUGUAGAAGGCAACUACAUCGGCUCCCAGAAUGUUAGUGUCUCGGUAUUUAACAAAGGAAAGUCCAUAGUACAUAAGAAUGCAUGGAUGAUCAGUGCUAAACUGGAACUUUUCCUGUACCAGACACACUCAGAAAUACUAUCGGUGUUUCCAGACACGGGGAGCCUUGGGGGAAGAACAGACAUCACAAUUACAGGAGACUUCUUCGACAAUCCUGUCCAGGUUACCAUAGCAGGUAUUCCAUGUGAUAUUAGAGACGUGUCUCCCAGGAAGAUUGAGUGCACCACCAGGGCUCCAGGAAAAGGUGCAAGGCUCACUGCCCCUCAGGCAGGGAACCGAGGGCUUCUGUUUGAAGUCGGAGAAGCCGUCGAGGGCUUGGAUCUCACCUCAGGCACACCGGGGUACCAGUGGCAGAUUGUCCCGAAUGCCAGUUCACCAUCUGGAUUUUGGUCAAAAGAAGGGCUGCCCUUCAGAGCACGGCUCAGUGGGUUCUUUGUGGCUCCCGAGACAAAUAAUUACACUUUCUGGAUCCAGGCUGACAACCAAGCUUCCCUGUACUUCAGUCAUUCAGAGGACCCAAAGACCAAGGUGAAAGUGGCCUCCAUCAGGGUGGGCAUUGCUGACUGGUUUGACGCUUGGGAGCAGACUGGGCAUGACGGGACUCGGCAACGGAAGACCCCCAAGUUGGAGCUGGUUGGUGGCACCAGCUACUACCUGGAAGCAGAGCAUUGUGGGAGAGCCCCCAGCAGGGGAAUGAGAAUUGGCGUCCAGAUCCACAAUACCUGGCUGAAUCCUGAUGUGGUCAGCACUUACCACCGCGAAAAGCAGCAAAUCCGAAUCCACGCCCAGAGACUUCCGGAAAUCCAGAUGCUGACCGUGUCUGGCAGAGGGAGCUUCGUCCUUACUUGGGACAAUGUCACCAGUCAGCCAAUCUCUGGAAAUGUCACAGCCCAUCAGAUUCAAAGAGCCAUUGAGGAGUUACUUGCCGUCAAAUGCAAAUUGGAACCACUUUCGGCUAGCAGCCUACUCUGGCUUGGGUUUGAACAAGGCCCAGAAGGUUCCAGCUUUGAGGGGGACCUCACCAGUGGAACAGAGCCCUUCUGCGGGAGGUUCAGCCUCCACCAGCCUCGACAUCUUGUCCUAACACCCCCAGCUUCCCAGAAGGGCUACCAGCUAGAUCAGUACACGCACUUGUGCCUUGCAUACAAAGGCCACAAGAAUAACAUCCUGAAGGUGACCGUAUUUUUCACAACCGACUCUCAAAACUUCAUUAAGAAGAACAUCACCUGUGACUGGAGUCUUGUGGGGACCAGUCCCGACAGUUGGCGGUUCACUUGCACGGACCUCUGGGAGACCUGUGUGCGUGGCUCUGUGGAUCUCGAGCCAGCUCUGGUAAACUCCCCUGUGCUGGUUCACCAGAUCGACCUCUUCCCUCUGUCUCAGGAGACCCGUGGGUUCUAUGUGGAUGAAAUUAUUAUUGCGGACACAAACAUAACAGUUUCUCAAGCAGAUUCCGAAACAGCUCGCCCCGGGGGCAACCUGGUAGAGUCGCUCUGCGUGGUGGGAUCCCCUCCAGUCUACAACAUCAGCUUCUGGUUGGUGGGGUGCGGCCGGGAGCUCCCACUCAUCACCGCAAGCUCUGUGCCCACUGAAGGAGGACAAGAAGGAUCUGGGGUGGUCCAGGUGACAACACAGAGGAUACAGAAGACAAGCCCCCCUUUAGGAGGAUACUUCCGCAUCCAACUUCCUACCACAGAGAUUCCUGAUGUCCCCGUGCAUGUAUCAGCUAGUGACCUUCGCAAGCUUUUACAGAACAAUGCUGAUAACUUCACAUCUAGGUACCUCAACGCCAGUGACUUCGCUGUGACAGAGGAUCUAAAGUCUUGCUACGAACAUGUGUGGACCCUCUCCUGGUCCACCCAAGUUGGAGAUUUGCCCAAUUUCAUUAGGGUCUCUGAUGCAAAUCUGACUGGAGUGGACCCUGCUGCAGCCAUGCGUGUGGUGUAUGAUGGUGGAGUUUUCCUUGGACCCAUAUUUGGAGACAUGUUGGUUACCACCAACCAACACUCUCAGGUGGUUGUGCGUGUGAAUGACAUACCUGCCCAUUGCUCAGGUUCCUGUUCUUUCCAGUACCUCGAAGAGUCAACUCCCCAGGUCCACUCAGUGUGGUAUUCCCUUGAUGGUGACAUCCACCUACUGGUUUAUAUUUUUGGAACUAGUUUCUCUGGGGACCCCAAGGCCGUGGAGGUUACGGUGAACAAAACGAUCUGCAGAGUUCUUUUCUCAAACGAAACAAACGUGGUCUGUCAGACAGACCUGCUGCCGGUCGGAAUGCAUCAGCUCUCCGUGGUGGUGAGGCCUUCUGGUCGUGCCAUCAACGCCAGUGGAGAAGCCCUCUUCCUAAACGUGGAGCCCAGACUGGUUGCUGUGGAACCUUCCAGAGCUUCAGAGAUUGGAGGGCUCUGGGCCACCAUCCAAGGCUCUGGUUUGGAAGAUGUGAGCCUGGUGUUAUUUGGAUCUCGGUCUUGUGCUAUGGAUAUCACCAGAAGCAAUUCACAAAGAAUUCAAUGCAAAGUUCCACCCAGAGGGAAAGAUGGACCCAUUGUGAAUUUGACUGUGAUUACAGGGGACCAUUCUGCAGUUCUUCCCAUGGCAUUUACAUACGAUUCCUCUUUAAAUCCAGUGAUCAUUUCUCUGAGCAGAAACAGGAGCAACAUAGCAGGAGGUGAGACCCUUUCCAUCAGAAUGGCACUUCUGGGAAACUACUCUGAUUUGGAUGUGCAAGUUCACGUUCAGGACACUCUGGCUCCGGCUUCUGUGCAGAUGCCCCACAGCCUGGAGGUGGUGCUGCCCCCGCUGCCCCCUGGCCUCCACAGAAUCUCUGUCUCCAUCAAUGGGGUCAGCAUUUGCUCACGACGGGUUGAUCUUCACAUCCAGUAUGUCACAGAAGUUUUCAGCAUUGAGCCUUGCUGCGGGUCCCUUCUGGGUGGAACCAUCCUCACCAUCUCAGGAAUAGGGUUCAGCAGGGACCCCGAUCUGGUACGGGUGCUUGUGGGUAAUCGGACCUGUGACAUCGUGAACUCAACAGACACUGUCAUCUGGUGUGAGACCCCACCCACAGCUCUGCUGCCCGAAGCAAAUGUUCCCGCUGUCCCAGCCCCCGUGGAGGUCUGGGCUGGCAAUGUGUCCUUUGCCCGAGGACCCUUACACAGCCUGGUGGGGAAGGGCUUUACUUUCAUGUAUGAAGCAGCAAGGACACCAGUGGUCACUGCCGUGCGAGGAGAAAUGACCAAUAGCAGCCUGAGGCUUUCCGUGGAAGGAAAUAUCCUCCCCAACUCAGUGAUCCUGCUGGGGGUCUUAGACUGUGAUCUGGAGAUGCAGUCUUUAUGGAGCAACAUGAGCCUGUCUGGGUGCUCCUUUCCUCUUCACAGUUUGGAGGCGGGAACCUAUCCUCUCCAAGUACGUCAAAAGCAGAUGGGGUUUGCUAACAUGUCUGCUGUGCCCCAACAAUUUGUGAUAACACCCCGGAUAAUGGCCAUCUUGCCAACACGUGGGUCUGCUUGUGGCGGGACCGUACUCACGGUGAGGGGGCUGGCUCUCAGCUCUAGGAAGAGGUCAGUUCAAGUGCACCUUUCGGGUCCAUUUACUUGUGUGAUUUUGAGCUUGGGAGACCAGACAGUCCUCUGCCAGAUUAACCAAGUGGACGCCCCCUUGCCUAAUGCUUCCUUCACCCUGAACGUCACAGUCUUGGUGAAUGGGCUACCCAGUGAAUGUCAGGGCCUUUGCACUCUUUUCUUGCAGGAAGAAACAACUCCCAUUGUGGACUCCUUGACCACUAUCAGUGGGUCUCUGACCAUGGUGCUGAUUAGCGGUCAGAAGUUAGACAUCACAACAGAUGAGCCAAUGGUGUUUGUGGAUAAUCACCUUCCCUGUGUUGUAACUUUCUUUAAUGCAAGCCAUGUGGCAUGCUGGAUAAGUGACUUGACCCCAGGACUCCACCAUGUAUCCGUUUUUCAUACAAGAAUUGGAUAUGCUUGUUUUGGUAAUGUUUCCAGGCACUUCCACAUUUUGCCUGAAGUGUCUCAUUAUUUCCCCAAGAAUUUCAGCAUCCAUGGUGGAAGCCUCUUGUCCAUGGAGGGCACAGCUCUGUGUGGAGAGAAUAGCACACUAGUCUUCAUUGGACAGCAGGCCUGCCUGACAGUGAGCAUCAGCUCCAAGUUCAUCCAGUGCAUUGUUCCUGCAGGAAAUGGCUCUGGGGGCCUGGUCAUCGAGGUAGAUGGACUUUCAUACCAGAUGGGAGUCAUUGGGUACAGCAAUGCCUUCACCCCACAGUUAUUGUCUAUUUCUCAGACUGAUGAUGUCUUAACCUUUGUGGUAGCCCAGGUCUCAGGAGCUGAAAACGUUGACAUUUUUAUUGGGAUGUCACCCUGUGCGGGUGUCUCUGGCAACCACACGGUUCUCCAUUGUGUGGUCCCACCCCUUCCUGCUGGGGAGUACCCAGUAAGAGGGUACGACCGCACAAGGGGGUGGGCCUCUUCCAUCCUGGUCUUCACAUCCACAGUCACUGUUUUGGCCGUAACUGAGAACUUCGGCUGCCUGGGUGGAAGCCUUGUGCAUGUGUUCGGAGGAGGAUUUUCUCCAGGGAACAUCUCAGCUGCUGUGUGUGGCGCUCCCUGCCAGGUCUUGGCUAACGCUACAGUGUCAGCCUUCAGCUGCUUGGUCCCGCCCCUGGAUGUGUCCUUGGCUUUCCUGUGUGGCCUGAAGCAUGUGGAGGAGAGCUGCGAAGCCUCCGGCAGCACCUACGUGCAGUGUGAUUUGUCAGUCACUGUGGGGACAGAGACAGUGCCCCAGUCAUGGUCCUACCUCUAUAUUUGUGAAGAAAGUCCCCAGUGCCUCUUUGCACCAGAUCAUUGGACAGAGUCAGCCUUCCCAUGGUUCUCAGGCCUCUUCCUCAGCCCUAAAGUGGAAAGAGAUGAAGUUCUCAUCUAUAAUAGCUCCUGUAACAUUGCCAUGGAAACUGAGGCAAAGAUGGAGUGUGAGACGCCUAAUCAGCCAAUUACCGCCAAGAUUACUGAGAUACGGAAGAGCCGGGGCCAGAACACUCAGGUAUAAUCAAAUCUUUUUUACAGACUGAUUCAAACAGCUCAAAUUAAAUUUGUAAUAUUGUGUACAUUAAAAAAACAAUUUAGUCCAAAUGGCAGCGAUAUAUAAUAUUAAAUGCUCUCAAAGUUUGAGAAGCCGGUCUAAUGCACAACAUCUGAAUUCAUAGUUAACUAUGGUUAAUCAUAUAUUUUCUCAAAAACAAAUGAGUGCUGCCCGGGCUCUUUUAAAGCAAAUUCUGAGCAGAUAAUCUCUUCAGCAUUUUGUCCUGCUCUCCGUGUGCAUGUUUGAAAGUGGCUUUCCCUGGUUUGUUUCUUCGUGAAAUAAAUGGCCCUCAAUUUAACCAGGCCCUUCUGGAAGGUUUCCAAAGCACUCAGCCGUCCUCAGUCGGUGGGAUGGCGAUGUCUGCUGGUCCACCCGGCUCAUCGGUUCUUCGGAGAGCCCAGUGGAAGCUUCGGCUUUUGAGGGGAUUACGUGGAAAUCAGAACUGCCAAAGCACUGCUGUGACUCUUUACAUUAAUUCAUCCAUUUUGACAUCAUCUAAACCACUCCUCCCAGUGGCUCCCCAAAGAAUGUGCUCUUCACAGUCCCCCAG